AACUUGUGAGUCAGUUUAGUUGAGAGUCAAGGCAACUGUGGACUACACACCUCUCACGAGCAAAAACACAGGACUGAAUUUGUGGAAGAUCGCAUGUGUACCGGACUCGCAUGUGUACCAAAAUGUAUCCUAAUCCGAGACGCGCUUUGGAUAUUUUGGAGACGCGUAACAGCGCAUGAAACACACACGUGGAAAGUAUGAUCGUGGGAUCUUUGACAUAGAUUGGGGAAGUCAGCAUUUGAUGCCAUGCGUCUUGAGCGCGUGUAAAGUGACCGAUCUGAUUUGAACAUCGACCAUCGUGAGCAACAACUCGGUGAAGAUGAACAUGGACCCUACCAUCCCGGUCAUUAUGUUUAUAUUUGGCGUGGUCGGGAACAUUAUUGCUAUCGUGGUGCUUCAAAAGUCACGGAAAGAGCAAAAGGAGACCACUUUUUACACCUUGGUGUGCGGACUUGCCGUAACUGACCUCUUGGGCACGCUGCUCGCCAGUCCAGUCACCAUUGCCACCUAUGUAAAGGGCGCGUGGCCCGGUGGGUAUCCGCUGUGUCAGUAUUCCGGGUUCAUUUUACUCUUCUUCUCAUUGGCAGGUCUCAGUAUUAUCUGUGCCAUGUCCGUCGAGAGGUACCUCGCCAUCAAUCAUGCCUAUUUCUAUAACCACUACGUGGACCAGCGGGUGGCAGGCUUGACGCUCGCGGGAAUCUAUGUGUCCGAUGCACUCUUCUGUGCUCUUCCCAGCAUGGGACUGGGAUCCGUGGCACUCCAGAAGCCAGGAACCUGGUGCUUCAUCGACUGGCAUAAAAACGACAGCUCGAACGCCACUUUCUCCUACAUGUACGCCGGCUUCAGCUCCGUCCUCAUCCUCGCCACCGUCAUUUGUAACGUGUUGGUGUGCGCGGCUCUCAUCAUGAUGCACAAGCGCUUCGUGCGCAGGACCUCGCUGGGGACAGACCAGGCGCGCGUCGCGGAGAUGAGGCGCAGGCGGAGUUUCGCGCGUCUGGCUGGUGCGGAGAUCCAGAUGGUCAUUGUUCUCAUAGCCACGUCCGUUGUCGUGCUCAUCUGCUCCAUUCCUUUAGUGGUGCAGGUGUUUGUGAACCAGAUGCCCACCACAGGAGACACAGCAGAAAUGCGGAACCUUAAGGCCAUCCGAAUUGCCUCCAUUAACCCCAUUCUAGACCCCUGGAUCUACAUCCUGCUGAGAAAGACGGUUGUGCAGAAGAUUCUAGAAAAGAUCAAGUGUCUCUUUUGCCGUAUCGGUGGACGGAGUCACGGGAGGAGCCCUACGGACUUCCAAUGCAGUAAUGGUGUCCACAGCUCAUCGUUUGUCUCUCGUGAUUUGCCGUCGCUGGUUCUGCCUGAGCAGCCGGAGAUUAUCAGCACGUCACAGACAUAUUUGUAUCCCCUGGACGCGGGACAGGACUGCUGUGGUGACUCUGUGCAGAGCAGGACGUGUUCAACUUCGACCGAGCAAACCCUUCUCUCAGGUGACUCUCAGGUGGUAGACCUCAGCAGCGGAGAAAACAGAACAGAAACGAGCACAGACUUUGUGAAAACACAUUCGUGCACGUACUCCACCCCAAAUGAAGCGCACUGUUCCAAGCACCAGCCGCUGCAAGUCACCUUCACAGACGAGACUUUGAGCUUAGAAGAGAGAAGCAUAUAAAAAAAUGCUGAAAGCGAGCCUGGAAAACUCACUCAGUUCAGCAGAGCAACAUGUCAGGAGGGGGAAUACAUUUCAGGAGCCUGAUUCGAGCGUUGCCAACAGACCGAAUCGAAAGAAAAAAAAAAACCUCAUGAGAGUAAAAUGAUAGUUGAGAGAAAAAACACUAAUCAGAGUACUAAAGAAAAAAGUGAAAAGAGAAAUGGUUACUGCAGCUGGAACUAGAUUGUUGCUAGAUUGUUGACAGAGAGGCUAACUUCGUUUUCUGGUAACUUUUUUUUUGAGCAACAGGUUAUCCCGCAUAAUCUCUAGACGAUGAGGAGAAUGACAGAGAUCGUAUAAAUGUGUCUAUAUUGUGAGUUCCUAAUAAGCCUAUUCGUUUUUGACUAUAGAUAAAAUUGCAUUUGGCCCCGGUUGACUGAUUUGACCAAGGGAGAGGGGAUUUUUUGCCGACACGUGAUUAGAUCAGAUGGAUGACCUAGUGGGUUGCACAAGCGAUCAAAUAUCUGCUGCCCUGCUUCAAGUCCUCUUUUUCAGACAUUCUUCAUUAGGUCACAAGUUCAAGUAACCAGAGUGCCUUGUAAGCGUUUCUCAUACUGGAACUCGUGGUUUAAAAUGUUCUUUUUCUUAUGUUAAGGUGACCAGAACACUUUAUUUCCAGUGACUGAUGCAGAAAAACAAACUUAUAUAAGAUGUAGCUAGGCAUAACUGUGCAUUGUUUGGGAAUUUCCAUAAUAUGUACAAUAUUCUGUGAAUUAAACAAGCAAUGUCAUUUGUUUAAUGACAGUAAUACCGACACAAUAUAUAACGGUACCGAAAACACAUUAUACAAUGUAAGAGCACAUGAUAAACAGCAUAUCAUUGUCAAGAACGUUUAGGAGCUGAAAUUGUAAAAGCUAUUAAAGCAGGGAUAC